CAUUCUCGAUCCGCUCCCUGGACCAGUUCUGUCAUAGCGGACCGAUACCAUCAUUUCCUCGUAAACGCUCGUGUUCGCUGGUAGCGCCCAAGUGAUUUUGUCGCCAUUUUUAGCUUCAAGCCAGCUAAGACAGCCGAAAAGCGGGCGCACUGGUUAAAAUUGUUUCAGUGCAGCAACAAUUGUCGAAGUUUCGCAAGCGUGUGCGCUUUUCCCGAUACUUCCCAGUGCUAGUUGUGUGUGCCGGUGACGCGUGCGUGCAGGGGAGCGCGCGCGCCUGUGUGUGUUUGUCAGUGUGCGUGUGUGUGUAUGCGUGCGUGCGUGUCUCUAGCAAAGCCCCGCGUUUUUUGUCCAUCUUUCCUUCUAAUUUGGGUUCCUCGUGCACGGUGGUUGCCGGCAUUGAGAGCGUUGAUUUGAGCGAGUGCGUGCAUCUUCCUCGGAAAUAAACGGAAGCAAGCACCACUGUCAGUAGGGUUUGUGCGUGAGUACGUUUGUGUGUGUGUGUGUGCCUGAGUGUACAUGUGCAUGUGCGGGAUCGUGAGUUGGUUGCGUUCCAUUUGACAUGUCUCUUGACAUGUUCGGUCCUGUCCCGUGUUCGAUGUAACGCGAUAGCUCGCCUACGAUAGACAAAAGACGGAGCGAGAAGCGAAACAGGAGACAGUCAUAUCACACAAUUCAACAACCCCCCACAUCCAGCAAUCAACAAGCGUCACGGUUUCGUUGAAAAACGGCCGCCACAACUAGCAACUGCCUGAAUCCAUUUCCCUUCGUGCCGGAAGGCGAGAAAGAGAUCGGAAUAGAGCGAGAUCGAGAGCGAGAUUGAGUGAGUGAGAAGGAAGAGUCUGGUGCGUGUGGUGCGGCUGUGGUGGGUUAGAAAAUGUCGUACAUGGGCAAAGUUUCGUCGCCCCGCCGUACGGAACAGCGCUCGCAGGAGGACGACGACUGCGAGGAGGAGGACGAGGUGACGCCAACGGGACGGAGCGGUCGUCCGGUGCUCGCCGCCACCAUGGAGGAAGCAGACAGUGAUCGUAGUAAUUCUCGAAAUCACACCAAUACCAUCAACAGCAGCACAACGAGCGAACAGGAUCAGUCACUCGUCGGCAAAAUUGCCUCGAACUUCCUGUCCAACCUGUCGAAGCUGGUGCGCAAUGCCAAGGAGAAGAUAGUGUCGCCAAAGCAGGGCAGAAACAAGAGAAGCCUCGAGGUGGACCUAUCCGGCCGGCAGGUUCGCGAACAGCUGGCAGCGGAACCGCGGAAGCGGCCGCGCUCUUCCAUCGUGGACAAGGAGGAGGAGGAAGAGGAGGAGGGGGAGGAUGAGGAGGACCAGGACAGGACAGAGCGGGCAGUGAUGGAGCAGGAGCAGGAGGAGUAUGCGGAUGAGAAUGACGAGGAACAGGUAUCCAAGGCUCAUCGGAACGCCCGUACUUACGAGAUGGUUACGAAACGGCGCCGGCUGCACGAGGUCGAACUGUCGGUGGCCGCCGCUCCAUUGCCCCGCAGCACGAUCGGGAUGCGGGCCAGCCGGGCACCGAUCCGUUCCUCGAAACACACCCAGACCGAUCGGUUCGAUCGAUUUGUAGCGCAAACGGGCAGGAUGGAGCGUGCCACGUCCACGGUCGGGCAGUACCGAAACGCGCGCAACGAUGGUCGGCCCACUGGGCGCACUUCCCUGUUCGGGCGGCCUGCGUCGGUGGCAUCGUCGGACAGCGUGUUCCGCCCGUACUCAAUCCAUUCCACCCUGCCGACGGCAACGGUCACGUCGGGCGCGGAACCGGAGGACGGCGCGGCGGGCGAGCCAGCCAGACCGUUCGCAGCGUCCAAGUUUGGCCAGGGGCUGGCCGAUGCGUCAGGCCGCAUGACGAGCUUUCUGGGCAACGCGCACUACCGGCAGCGGAUGGAGAGCCUGCAGCGCGGAGCGGUCGCGAAGGCGUUCUUCUCGUCCCACGACGAGCCGGCCAAGAGCCUCUACUCGAGCGGGUCCGAAUCGAGCGUCUCCUCCCGACGGCCCUCCUUCAACCGGACCCUGUUCGGGUCCGUCUCCUCGCUCAGCAGCGGCCGCAUACCGCCCGAGUACGGUGGAUCACCGUUCUACGACGGCCUGACGCGGUACGGUGGCGCGUCGGCCGCGCGUACCCUCGCCACCAAUGUGAUGGUGCAGCGGUCGGCGCAGCCGUCCAAUUCGACGCUGGUCGUAAGGCAAGACGCGGCCACCGGCACGGGCAGACGGCGAGAAGCGGGUGCGGAACCACCGAAAGCGCCCGAAAUCUCGUCGACUUCGCAGCGCAUGAGGCACAUCUUGGACACGUUUUCGACGAACAAGAAAAAUGGCCAGCCAGUGCCGGAGCAAUUCCUGAGCAAUUCGAGCCUGGGGCGGGAACUGGACGAGCUGAUCGACCGCUCGAAGCAGACGAACCGUAUUGCCUACCCGUACCCGGACGUGCACAGCCCGCGCAUACUGGAAAUGUUGCAGAUCAUGCGCGAGCAGAAGUCGGCGUCCAUCCUGAACGAACCGGUGGAGUAUGUGCCACGGCCGCCGGCCGUACCCCUGAUGGAGUACGACGUACCGCUGCUGCCCGCUGACCGGCCAGCAAGUCCGAGUGAGCGGCGAAACCUGGCCUCCGAGACCCGCCCGAGCUUGGAAGCGUCCAAGGCGCCGGAAGAGCUGAAGCAGCAACUAGCCCACCCGUUACCUAACCCCGAGCAUCUUCGCGGUCUGCCGCGGUUUAGAUGGAAUCCGCUGUCAUCGCAGCCGGUCACAGCGGAGGUGAAGCGGAAGGCGGUAAAUGGAAAUGAAACCACGCCAACGCAUGAUGAGCAGGAGCAGCUGGUGGGUGCAGAGGACAAGCGUGAGACAGAGCAGCAAGAGCAGCAUGAAGAAGCAGGAGAAGAGCACGGGGAGAGCGAAGAGGAGGCUUGGGACGAUACGGAUUUGAUGGAGCAGGAAUACGAAGUGAAGGAGCUGUGCCGGUCCAGCACGCCGAUUGAAGGUGUGCAGCAGUUUACCUUUGCUUCGCCUGUUGCGCUGGGUGAACCAAUGGAGCUGGAGUUUAACCCGUCGCCUACGAUUACGUUCACGUUUGCAUCGCCGGCACGCUGUUUAGACCAAGAUUUCGAACCGAAGGCUCGCACGUUCCAGGAACUGAUGGCCGAAUCCGCCGGCAAAUGGGUGUGUGACAUGUGCAUGAUCCCGAACGAGCCCGAGCAGCAAAAGUGCAUGGCGUGCGAAAGUGCGAAACCAGGGAAGAAGCCAGAACAGCAGCUGCAACUUCCCGCGAAAAAUGCUACUCACGACAGCGAACCGCAAACACCGAGCGAUUUGAAGUUGUGGCUUGCGAUGAAGAAGCCAGUACAGCAGCAGCAGCAACCUUGUGCGUGCGAAAGUGCGAAGCCAGGGAAGAAGCCAGAACAGCAGCUGCAACCUCCCGCGAAAAAUGCUACUCACGACAGCGAACCGCAAACACCGAGCGAUUUGAAGUUGUGGCUUGCGAUGAAGAAGCCAGUACAGCAGCAGCAGCAACCUUCAUCAAGCGCGCAGCCUGUUCGCUCGUUCCAGGAACUGAUGGCCGAAUCAGCUGGCAAAUGGGUGUGUGACAUGUGCAUGAUCCGGAACGAGCCCGAGCAGCAAAAGUGCAUGGCGUGCGAAAGUGCGAAGCCAGGGAAGAAGCCAGAACAGCAGCUGCAACCUCCCGCGAAAAAUGCUACUCACGACAGCGAACCGCAAACACCGAGCGAUUUGAAGUUGUGGCUUGCGAUGAAGAAGCCAGUACAGCAGCAGCAGCAACCUUCAUCAAGCGCGCAGCCUGUUCGCUCGUUCCAGGAACUGAUGGCCGAAUCAGCUGGCAAAUGGGUGUGUGACAUGUGCAUGAUCCGGAACGAGCCCGAGCAGCAAAAGUGCAUGGCGUGCGAAAGUGCGAAGCCAGCGAAAAAGCCAGUACAGCAGCAGCAGCAGCAGCAACCUUUAACAAGCACCACGCAGCCUGUUCGCUCGUUCCAGGAACUGAUGGCCGAAUCAGCUGGCAAAUGGGUGUGUGACAUGUGCAUGAUCCGGAACGAGCCCGAGCAGCAAAAGUGCAUGGCGUGCGAAAGCGCAAAGCCAGCGAAGAAACCUGAAGAACAACAGCAGCAUCCUCCCGCGAAAAAUUCUUCGCAAGACAGUGAGCCACACACGUCGAUCGAAUGGAAAAAAAUGUUGGCGGCGGAUUCACCGUUCAGCAAGGUGCCGGAGCUGAAGGAUGGCUUCCAGUCGAUCGUCGAAAAGAUGAAGGCAAGCACGUGGGUGUGUGACACGUGCACUGCGCAGAACCCGAUAGAGCACGGCCGAUGUCUCUGCUGCGAACAGGACCGACCGGGUGGUGGUGGGGCCGGCAGCGCCCCUGGCAAGGCAAGCGAAGCCGCCGUGCCCGUUCCUAAAUUCACUUUCGGCAUGCCAUCGUUUACACCAAACACUGCCGCCAACUCCACGACAAUCGACACCCAAUCGAAGGAGGUGAAAGCAGCGGGGAUCACCUCCACCCCUUCGCGGACGGGCGGCUUCCUGUUCGGUGCCUUCAACGGGGUAGAUCGUGGCACUUCCAACAGUGUGGCGCCAGCGCCAGCGCCAGCACCAGCUACAGCACCAGUCCCAGCGGGCCUGUUUUCGUUCGGUGCACCGGCGAACAGCUCCCACCCGUGUCCACCGGCCGCAGCGGUAGUGCCGGAAGCGAGCAGCAGCAAGCCGAGCUUUUCCUUCACGAACACUAGCACCACCGUGACCAGUGCCGCCCAGCCGUUCGUUUUCGGUGCUAGCCCUAAAGUUCCUUCCGCCGUCAGCUUCCAACCGUUGGCGAACAGUGGCAGCUCAAUGGCGCAACAGCAACAGUUCGCGACCGCGACCAGCGUUACCGGAGACAGUAAUGCCGCUCCUACCAGCCUGUUCGGAUUGCCGUCAUCGACGCCGGUCAACUUUAAUUUCACCACAACCAGUAAUUGGGCUGAGUCUAAUCCAGUAUUCCAAUUCGGCGGAAAAUCACAACCCAACCCAAGCGCGCAAAUAUCGGCGGGCCAAUCACAUCAAAUUGCCAGGCGGAAGAUGAUUCGGGCCUCGCGGCGUUUGCAGCCACGGUAAGCCAGCAACCGACAUACCGGCACUCGAUGGCUGAAUCUAUGAGUGAAAGAGACAACCGACGAUGAGAGUGCGUAGGCGUGCGAUAUGGAACUAGAUGAUAGGUAGGAAUCUGAGUGAUUAGGACAUAAUUAUAAGGAAAUUUGGAAGUACGUAGAGAAACCAGAAGCAAACCAGACAGACAAGGAAGCGUAGAGCAACAGACGGAAGAGGUUUUGGUGCUAGUUCGAUUUGCUAGGACACUGACACCAGAGCCUCAAUCGCGCGAAUCGGCUGAUUUAAGAUCUUUUAUGAAGGGCCGCCAGUAACUGAAUAGUAGUACCAGUCACCCAUAUAUCGGCGGCUAGGUGUGACGGUCCUCUCUCGCGCGAUUGAGUUACCGCCGUGAGGUGAACGCAUUCCGCAGAAAUGCUACGAAAUACGUAGAACAUGGGGUAGGACGAUGGUAAUAUACAUGGUAUGGAAAAAAAGUUCCAAUGUAUAGACGAUGCAUAGAUUAAAACAGCCGACUGGUCGUCAUCACAGUACCGUGGGUGCUGGAAAGAUCAGUUGUUACGCUCUGGCGUCCGGUGUUAUGGCCACAGCAGGUGCAUCUGUCGAAAGAUAUCAAACUCUUUUUGUUUGGCGCAGUUUUGAAGUGAGCCAGCGAUAUAUACAAAUAUCAACAAGACGUCAUUAUUUGGCGCUUACGUUAGCCGGUGAAUGGGAAGACGCUUUUAUAUUAUCAGGGCUGAAACCAACAAGCGAAAAGGGAAACAAUAGGUAAGCAGCGAAACUAAAGGAAACUGAAAGGAGCCAAGUGAAGGGAAGCGAAGCUGUGCUAUGGUGAAUGUUCUGUGGUGCAGGACACUGGAUGCGAAAGAGAGUUUGUUGACAAAACGAGUACGGGCUAGUAAAGUUGCUGUAUCAAAAUAUGUAGACUAGUAAGAAAUGUAAGGAACCGGUUAAAGUAUAGAAAGACAGACAGAGGAGAAGAGUGCGCGAAAGAUGCGAAGAAAAAGAUAAGGAGAAGGUAGAUAGGGGCGGAAUGGCGGGAGUGAGCCACAACAAAUAGAAACAGGACAGCUUACCGAAACAUUUUCACUUAUAUUUUAUAGUAUAUAUUGCAUUUCAUGCAACGGAGUUUGAGGUAUGAAACGUUCAUCAAAGAUUUUUCCUUUUACUACAUUGUUUGGGUUUUUUUUUGUAAUUUUCAAAACUGUUUGAAAAAAGAGAUUCGUUCAACAAAAAGAGAAAUAUAAUUUGAACCAUGAAUGAAAUGGAAUGAAAUUACAAAUUAUUAUCCCUAGGCUUCGGUAUUGUUAUAUUUGCGCAUGUUAAUAAAAAAAGAAAAAAGGAACCGACACAUUGCAUGCAA